AUGGUGCAACAACCCCCUCAAGGGGGAUCACGAAAGAUCUCCUUCAACGUUUCGGAUCAAUAUGAGAUUCAGGACGUCAUUGGCGAGGGAGCCUACGGUGUCGUAUGCUCUGCUAUCCACAAGCCGUCCGGCCAAAAGGUGGCCAUCAAGAAGAUCACUCCGUUCGAUCACUCUAUGUUCUGCCUGCGAACCCUGCGUGAAAUGAAACUGCUGCGCUACUUCAACCAUGAGAAUAUCAUCUCCAUCUUGGAUAUCCAAAGACCUCGGAACUACGAGAGUUUCAACGAGGUGUACCUGAUCCAGGAACUUAUGGAAACGGAUAUGCACCGGGUUAUUCGUACCCAAGACCUCUCCGACGACCAUUGCCAAUAUUUCAUCUACCAGACCCUGCGUGCGCUGAAAGCUAUGCACUCCGCAAACGUCCUCCACCGUGAUCUAAAACCGUCGAACCUUCUCCUCAACGCGAACUGCGAUCUGAAAGUGUGUGACUUUGGUCUGGCCCGGUCAGCCGCAUCGACCGAUGACAACUCGGGAUUCAUGACGGAAUACGUCGCAACGCGGUGGUACCGUGCCCCGGAAAUCAUGUUAACAUUCAAGGAAUACACCAAGGCUAUUGAUGUCUGGAGUGUUGGUUGUAUCCUGGCAGAGAUGCUCAGCGGGAAGCCGCUUUUCCCCGGAAAGGACUACCACCACCAACUAACUCUGAUUCUCGAUGUUCUCGGCACACCGACCAUGGAGGACUACUACGGCAUCAAGUCUCGCCGGGCCCGCGAGUACAUUCGCUCGCUUCCCUUCAAGAAGAAGAUCCCCUUCCGGGCAAUGUUCCCGAAGAGCAACGACCUGGCACUGGAUCUUCUGGAGAAGCUCCUGGCCUUCAACCCAGCGAAGCGCAUCACCGUCGAAGAGGCGCUGCGCCAUCCGUACCUCGAGCCGUACCACGACCCCGAUGAUGAGCCGACAGCGCCACCGAUCCCCGAAGGGUUCUUCGACUUUGACAAGAACAAGGACGCGCUCAGCAAGGAGCAAUUGAAGCGUUAG